AUGCGCUGUGAAAGUAACAAGAAACUUAAAACCAAAGGAACAAGGUGCCUAACAGACCAUCUGGACUCUUCAGCCAUUUCUUUGAGGAGCUGCAAUGCCCUAGAGGGGGUGUCACUUGCUUUAAGGAGUACAGAAACCCUAGCCAUGGACAUGCCUCAUCCCACGAACCCUGCUCUGUAUCGUCUCACCAAGCACCUGCUACAGAAAUAUCACAAGGCAGUGAGGCCAGUUCACGACUGGACUGAGGCCACCACGGUGUAUCUGGAUGUGCUUGUCCACGCCGUUUUGGAUGUGGACGCACAGAACCAAAAAUUGAAGACAAGUCUAUGGUACCACGAGGUUUGGGAUGAUGAGUUUUUAUCCUGGAACCCCAGCAUGUUUGAUGAGAUUAGAGAGAUCUCUCUACCGCUAAGUGACAUCUGGGCGCCGGACAUCAUCAUCAAGGAGCUUGUGGACUUCGAAGGAUCACCCGACCUUCCAUAUGUCUAUGUGAACUCAUCUGGGACCAUUAAGAACUCUAAGCCUAUCCAGGUGGUCUCUGCGUGCAGUUUAGAAACCUACGCGUUUCCGUUUGACAUCCAGAACUGCAGCCUGACCUUCAGUAGCGCCCUGCACACAGUGCACGACAUCAACCUGGCCUUCCUGAGGAGCAGAGGAGACACGAAGCAUGACAAGAAGGAAUUUUUGAAUGACAGUGAGUGGGAGCUUGUCUCUGUGUCCUCAACGCACAACAUCCUGCAGAGCUGUGCGGAAGGGUCUGCCCAGAUUCAGUUUCACGUGGUGAUUCGCAGGCGCCCACUGGUCUAUGUUGUGAGCCUGCUGAUUCCCAGCGUCUUCCUAAUGCUCGUGGAUCUGGGGAGCUUCUACCUACCACCCACGUGUCGUGCCAGGAUUGUGUUCAAGACCAGCGUGCUGGUGGGCUACACCGUCUUCAGGGUCAACAUAUCUGAUGAGAUGCCCAGGAGCGCACUGAGCACCCCUCUGAUUGGGGUCUUCUUCGUGGUCUGCAUGGCCUUCCUGGUUAUCAGCUUAUUUAUGUCCAUCCUGUUGGUCAGAUUCCUUCAUGAUGAGAGGGGCGCCGGGCAGGAACGGCCCCUCUUGUGCCUUCAAGGGGACACCGAUGCUGAUGGGCCUAGGACAGAUCUCAGAGCCCAGCUUGCUCGGACAACAGGUUUGUGAGAAGCCUUGGGGUCC